AUGACACUGAAGGGAUUUGCCUUUGGCAUACUUUUGCUGCUCUGCGUGAUUCAUCACGCCCAGUUGGCACAAGCAGUCAAUGCCUGUGGCACUGGCGGCGUGUGCAAUUGCACCUCAACUAUUGUCAAAUGCAGUGGCAAAUCACUCUCAGCCAUUCCUGAUGCAAUCCCAGUCGAUACAACAGAGCUGCAACUGUACAACAACCAGAUCACCAACAUCUCUGCAAACGCACUGACAGGCCUGACCGCACUGACUUCCUUGGAUCUGCGUAACAACCAGAUUUCCACAAUUUCAGCAAACGCAUUCCUGGACCUGACUGCGCUAACUCUCUUAGCUCUGGAGAGCAAUCAAUUCACCAUCAUACCUGCAAACGCAUUCUUGGGCCUGACUGCACUGCAAUCCCUGUACUUGAGCCUGAACAAGAUCACCAGCAUUCUUGCAGACGCAUUCUCAGGCCUGAUCACCAGCAUUCUUGCAGACGCAUUCUCAGGCCUGACUGCGCUGCAGUACUUAGCUCUGCUCAGCAACCUGAUCACCAGCAUUUCUGCCAACGCAUUCACAGGCCUGACUGCGCUGACUGAUCUGAAUCUGCACGACAACCAGCUGACCAGCAUUCCUGCCUCUACAUUCGCAAGCCUAUCCGCAUUGGGAACCUUGAGUCUUGGCGCUGGCAACAUCACAAGCAUUUCCGCAAACGCAUUCACUGGCCUCACCGCGCUGACUUACCUGUCUUUGAAAGACAAUAAGAUCACAAGCAUUUCUGCAAACGCAUUCACGGGCCUUUCCGCGCUGAGUUCAUUGGAACUGUCCGAGAACCAGAUCACCAGCAUUGUCGCAGACGCAUUCACAGGCUUACCUGCGGUGACUUUCUUGGAACUGUCCGGAAACCAGAUCACCACCAUUUCUGCAAACGCAUUCACAAGCCUGGCUGCGUUGAUGGUUUUAGUCAUGCCCAACAAUCAGCUCACCGCCAUUCCGGUCUCUGCUCUCGCAAGCCUGCCUUCGCUGAUCUUCUUAUCCAUGGCCAACAACCAGAUCACCAGCAUUUCCGCCUCUGCAUUUCCUGGCUUGGCGUCGCUGAACUUUCUAUAUUUGCAGAAUAAUCGGAUCACCAGCAUUUCCGCCUCUGCAUUUCCUGGCUUGACGUCGCUGACUACAUUGCAAUCAUUGCCAUAUCUGAGCCCCAACAACUUUACCUUUGGUGGGAACACUGUCGCUCCGCCCAGCACCUACGGCAACGCGUCCCAACCGUACAUCAACUGUCUGAUCUGCUCAUCAUCCACUGUGUGCACUCAGUGCUAUGACGGUUACGUGUUGCUGAGUGGACAAUGCGCUUCGCUCGCUUCCAUCUCUUCUGCAUCGGCCGCAUCCAUCGCGUCCACCCACUCUGCCUCCGCUGCGUCAGUCGCUUCCGUCGCCACGGCAUCCGCUGCGACUGCCUCGACCGCCUCUGCUUCAAUUGCGUCUCUCGUGUCCGCCACAUCUGCUCUGUCGGCGUCCGUUGCUUCCAUUGCUACUGCAUCCUCAGCAUCGCAAGCGUCUGCAUCUGGCGCCAGUGCUUCAUCUGCAUGGCAGACAUCUGCUGCAUCUGCUGCGUCCAAUGCCCCAAACGAACCUAGCGAUUCAUCUUCUCUGCCUCUUAUUCUCGGAGUCGUUAUUGGAGUGCUGGCUCUCCUCUUGUUGAUUGCGCUGUUUGUGCUGUUUCGUCGUCGUCGCUCACCAAAGGCAUUGGCAACUACCAGCUCGGCCAACAAACUCCGCGAGCCGGAAUCGAGCGGCACGGUGUCACAGUAUGCAAACCCAACCUUUGCAGGAGUGUACGCGCCUCCUGGCAACCCUAUCUUGUACGAAAAUGUUGACACCAAGCCCCACCAGGCUCCUGUGGGUUCGGCGGAAGUGCUGUAUACCGAAGCAGCAGUAUCCGCACCAUCCAGCGGUGUCCAGUACGCCACGCCUUCGUUGCCCAAUCCCUCAUCUGUGCGCGUGCCCGAGUCCUCGCCGACCGCUUACGCGACGGUAGCUGUUGCACCCUCCAAGCCGAUCGGAAGCGUCGAUUACGCGUCGAUCGCAAAUUAG